UAAAUAUAAAUAGAGAUUCAAAAGAUUAAAGCCAUAAACACAAUUGAAAUGGGAAAUAAGAAAAGCUGGUUAUUCACUUAUGUCAAGAAGCUUCUCUCUCCUGAUUCACAACCAAAAUCUCAAGAGGUAAAAAGAAAAUAUAUAUUACACCAACUUUUGAUCUUCACUUAAUUAUUUUUUAUUAUUAUUAUUUUUUUUGUGAUGAUCAAAAUAUUUAGCAGGACAAGAAAUCCAAGAAUCGGAGAUGGUUUAUUCCGAGGUCGAAAUUCAGACAGUAUCCUGUAACGGAAGCCGAAGAGGAAAGGCGAAAGCAUGCAAUGGCAGUUGCUAUUGCAACAGCAGCUGCUGCAGAAGCUGCUGUGGCUGCUGCAAACGCUGCCGCAGAAGUCGUACGCCUCACUAACAACAUCCCGCGUCGAGUCGAAAUGACGCAUUUGCCCUUGCCGGUUAUCAAGAUCCAAAGCGCUUACCGGGGGCAUCUUGCAAGAAAAGCACUAAGUGCACUUAAAGGAAUAGUGAAGAUUCAAGCAUUGGCUCGAGGCGAACUAGUGAGAAGAAUCUUCGUUAGAAGACGAGCAUCGUUAAAAGAAUAUGCCAUUUUUUCUCAAGAGCUCAAUGUAAGUAUUUUUUUUUCCUCAUCAAUCAAUCAAUUCAAUCCCUCAUAUUUGAACUCGUUUUCGAUCGAAGCGGUUACUAAAAAGGACUGCAUGAAGAAAAGGGAAAGGAGUAAGCGAUUUGAUCGUGAAGAAACGGAGAAGUUGAAGCCUAUGUCUUAUUCAGACACAGUUGAUACAACUAGGCUGGCACAACUGAAGAUGAGAACUCCAAGAAAACAUGGGAUUACAGAGGAUUCGACGUUUUCGCUACCGAGGAGAUCUUUUUUUAACGUGAAAGAGAAGUCGAUUGGAGAAGAAAGAUCUUUACCGAGUUCACCGGUUCUAGCAGGGUACAUGGCUGCUACGGAAUCUGCUAAGGCUAAGUCGAGAUCGCUCAGCACUCCGAGGCGGAGAUUGAGGUUGUGCGAAGAAUAUUCCGGUCAAGAUUCUCCUCGCAAACUCAGUUUUUCUUCACGGAGUGAUGAAAUAAUCAGCAGCCCUUAUAAAAGAAACAGUGUUUCGUUGCGAUUAGCAAGAGAAUAA